AUGCGACGUUUAGGAAUAUCGGUGUCGAUUUGCCCAAACUUGGCGACGUCCGCUUUCGCGUUUUUCAUAUGUUUCACAACGUCGGUCUGGUUCAAAUUACACGGCAUGAAAUUGACGAGACGCGAGCUCGUCUUUUUUGACGUGAGAAACCUGCUCGAAAUUGCGCCGAAUUUCGAGUACGAGACCGCCGGCGUCAUUGAUUGCAUCACACCAGGUGAUGGGAUGCCCGAGCAGCCGUUGCCAGGUCCCACAAAUUUCUGGGAAGCGCUGUUCGCCGAUGACGGCAAACUGCAAAUGGAGAAAUUUUAUCGGCAGCAUUAUGGUCCGGUGUAUAAAACUGCACAAAAACAAUACACAGAAUAUUUAAUGACUCCGCCUUCUUCCACUUUGAGAGCCGAAAUCCGUCGUUUAGAGGACCCACUUUUGCUCAUGGGAUCUAUGGAAGACGCCCGAUUCUACGAUGAAGAUGAUGAAUUCGCAAAUGUCACUGAAUGCGAUUAUUUCGGAACCGAUCAUAUUGAAGGAAAGAUUUACCUGAUCGGAAUCUUCGCAACCCUCAUAGCCAUUCUCUCGAUUAUCUUCAACACAUUCUAUACGAUUGUGUUCAUUAGAAAUCCAUUGUUGAGAAGAUCCGGUGUAUUCUAUUUCGGCGUAAUUGCCGUCAUCGAUAUAAUUAUGGCAAUAAACUACAUUGCCGUUAUGUCACUUCCGGUAUACAUGGACUACUAUCAUAUUCUUCCAUUAUGGCACCUCUUCCUCUCAUAUUUUCGGAUUGUGCUCACCGAAUCCAAUUGUGCCAUGUUCGCGUCGAUGCUAAUGAUUGUUCUCGCGACAACCGAGAGAUUCCUGAAAACUUUCGACGGCAAAAACAUUUCCGUUUGUAGAAAAUUCCUGGAGCGAAAUCGCGCUAGUGUCAGCUUACUGUGCCUUCUUAUCGCAUGCGCCUAUAAAUACUGUAUCUACUAUGAGAUUGACGUGCUCACAAAAGAGCAAUGCGAAGGCUGGGCCCGCUACGAAAUUGUGGCCGGUGAGUACGCUCAAGACGAAAACUAUCGAUUUUACUUCAUGUUUCUAACAAGGAAUAUUUUUGACCGGAUUAUGCCAUUCUUCGCACUAAUUAUAAUGAAUAUACUAAUAAUAAGGGCGGUGAAUGAAGACGAGGAAAGGAAGCGUCAGAAAGAAAGCGUAGUGAGUAAUGGCAGGAAUGCGAAUUUGAAAACGAAUCGAAGGAAUGUCAGAGAUGCAACUCGUGCCCUGAUUAGUCUAGUUAGCAUGUAUCUGCUAUCGCAAUCCCUACAAGUGCUCCUCACCUUCUGGGAAACCAUCAACCGCGACAGUCUGGAACAGGGAUUCCCCGUGAUGUACUCCUAUCUCAAUGACAUUGUCUCGAUUUUCACCCUCCUUUCCAGUUGCCUUCGAUUCCCCGUCUAUUUUUGCUGCAAUCGCCUGAUUCAUACGGCUUCGGUUGACACCUUAAGCGGUUUGAAGCCGUCAUGUCUGAUGAAACUCAAGAAGCCGCAUGUGUUCUGUAUAAACUGCCAUUUGAACAGAGACGUUGGCGCGAAUUGUGACAAUAAUCCAGUAACAUUAAAAUUCUUCUUUGAUGUCAAAACGAAUGUGUGUCAGCCUCUGUUCUAUAGAGGAUGCGGUGGCAAUGAGAAUAGGUUCGAUGAUCGCGAAUCCUGCACGAAAGCUUGUGUACCAAAGAAAAAUAAAAAGGAUGAGGAUGAGGAAGAUGACGAGAAGAUCCCAUCUUCUGACAAGAGUAAUCUGCUAGUUGUGAAUAUGUGCAAAAUUCCGACCGACGCCAAGAUCAGCGAAAUCGCCGAACAAUGCGAUCAAGGCUGUCCUAUCGGCUGGAAAUGCAACAAAAAGAAUUAUUGUUGUCCCAUGAGGGAGACUGUCUGCAAUUUGCCAGUUUCGUCGGGAUCCGAACGAGACGUCUUCAAGCACUACGGCCGAUAUGCUUAUCUGCCCGGCUUGAAAAAUUGCAUUCGAUUUUCUUAUUUUGGAAAGGACGGGAAUUUCAACAAUUUUUUGAGUUUCAAUGAAUGUCGGAAGUAUUGCACAAGCAAAUAA